UGGACCUGCCUGUUACCAGUCUAUCUCAGUUCGAGAUCGAGAGCGAGCGAUUGUCAAAGUUAUGUAAAGUUUGGCUUUUACGGUUUCUCCCUAUUUAUGCUUGGUUUGUGAGCUCCAGGGCUCUAGCGAUUGCCAAGGUGGUGGUAACUAUGAAACAACGAGUAGAUAAAUUGCUGGAGAAUUCUAAUUUACGAAAAGAAUCAUUUGUACUGUGCAUCAUGGAAAUUUAGUUAAAUAUUUCCUUGAAAAUAUUCUUGUGUUGGGCUAAAUAAUGGCCCAGUAUUCUAACAGAAAGGAGGCUCCAAAUGCAUGGCGAACGAAUAUACAACACACUAGAAUAGAAGACGAAAAACAGAUUGAGGAAAUUUAUGAGUUUGGUGAAAUGCUUGGCAAAGGUAGUUUUGGGGUCGUCAAGGAAGCUAAACACAUCGAAACAGGGACAAGAUGGGCGAUCAAGGCAGUUAAUAAAGAAAAGGCUGGGAGCUCUGCAGUGAAGCUGCUAGAAAGAGAAGUUAUGAUAUUGAAAAAAAUUGAACAUGAGCAUUUAGUCCACCUAGAGGAGAUUUAUGAAACUUCUAAGAGGAUGUAUUUAGUCAUGGAGCUUUGUGAUGCUGGAGGACUGGAAAAGCUGUUAGAAAAAAAGAAGAGGCUUACUGAAAAAGAAACAUGGACUGUCAUAAAACAGCUAGCAAGUGCUGUUGCCUAUUUACAUGACUUUGAUAUUGUUCAUCGUGACCUAAAGCUAGAGAACAUUCUACUGAGUCAUCCAGUUGGCAAUGAAUUACUAAACAUUAAGAUAACAGACUUUGGUUUGUCUAUUGUCAAGGGUGGGGUAGGGAGCGAUUCUAUGAUGCAAAGUGUUUGUGGUACUCCUAUUUAUAUGGCUCCUGAAGUCAUAGAUGAUCUUGGUUACAGUCAGCAGUGUGACAUAUGGAGUAUAGGUGUUAUUAUGUUUACUCUUUUUACUGGAAGGCCCCCAUUUAUGGCUGAUACAGAAGAAAAACUAUAUGAAUUAAUAAAAAAGGGUGAAGUGGACUUUUCUGAUGAAUGUUGGGAGACAUGUCAUGAAUCAGCCAGAAACCUUUUACUUGGAAUGUUAAAAGUUGAUCCAGCUCAUCGCAGAACUGCAAAAGAAAUUUUAAUUCAUCCGUGGAUCACAGGUGAUUCAGAAGCAUCAGAACCAUCAAAUGUAUUAGAGUUAAUGAAACUAUACAGAGAAGAGCUUAAACAGGAAAAUGACAAAAAGGGACACUGCAGUCCCUCUAGAUCUUCUGCUGGAACCAAAAAGUCAACUUCUUCCUCAGGGAAAAAACAAGUAUCUCAAACUCGGUCAAAAAGUAAUGCUAUGCCUUCUCCUUCACCGAGUUCACGUGAAUCCCACAGUCCUAUUCGCUCAAAGGAAUCAUCAAAAUCUACGCCAAGUACUUUUGGGGGAAGCACGGUACCUAGCUAUAUGCACCCAACGAAAAGUUCCCAAAGUCCUUCCACUCUGAAAUCCACAGGAACUCCAAAGACUCGUAGACCAACUGACAAGAAGAGGUGACCAAGCCUUAUAUCUUAAGCGAUAUUAUUUAAUUUAGGCUACAAAAGACAGAAAAUGAACAUAAGAACAGUGAURUGAUAAAUCCUAAUAUGUUUGUUGUGCUUUUAAUAGAACUUUAACGAUCACAUCAAUACCGUGCUUUAAGCUGAAAAUAGGAAUAACAAGUGGAUGGUAAUAAAGUGUCGAUGUAAAAGCCAUCUCUAUUUUCUAUCAUCUUAUGGAAAGGAAAAUUUGUUGCUCAUUCAGUGAUAAUUAAAUCAAAAAUACUGUACAACUUGCUAUGCAACAUUGUUGCACGAUAACUUUCCAUGAUUUUGUUGCCUAUAUUAGAGUGACCACAGUAAAUCCGUGAAACUUUAGUAAUACUAAAUAGCACAAGUUUAUGCAAAUUCCUUUGUUUUCUAUUGUCUAAUUAGCACUAUUUUGUACUAUUUAGUAAUUAAUGUUUCACGGAUUAGUUGUUUGCACUCUACAACUAGUAUAGUACUAAAGUCUUUGGAGAUAAAAAGCUUAGUUUUUAGCACUUCUCAGACACAGUGUUAUGCAAUUUCAUCAAGAGAAAAUKAACUAAGAAAAGGAAUCUCUUGUAUUCAUGCUUAAAACCAUCAUAGGCACAUUUUGAUGCUAUUUUUAGAAUCAUAUUUGCCAUCUUUUAUGUUCACCACGCGAAUACUGCGAACGCUCUACGCUGUUUGCCCACUUUUAGUCGAAAAAUACCGAGAAAACUUCCAGAGCUAACAGGGUAGAGCGCGUGCAGAAAAUAAAAACGAUGGAAAUGUUAUUCUAAAAUUAGCAUUAAAUGAUUCGAAAAAUAGCAUGAAAGGUGAUUGCUCAUGAUGAGGCACUGGAAUUUUUUCUUUUAGUUCAUUUUCUCUUGAUUUCGUCCAUCCAUUAUUUAAUUGUCAUUUUCAUUGAUAUAUAUUUUGUAGUGCGAUCACGCGUAGACAUUAUUAUCAAGGGGAUGCACACGCUUUCUAAUGUUAGUAGAAGAGUAUCAUUCGCAGGUUUACGCAACCAGAAGUGUCGAAGGUACAAGKAAUUAACUAGUGUGUAACAUGGCAAGUCUGUAAACAAAUUUUAAACUGGAGGAAAAACGUCAACUCUGGUGUCUAAAUUGUGACUUUUCCACUUUAAAGUAUGGAUUUCCAGGCCACCAAAUAAAAAAAAGUUAGUACACCUCAGUUUUGCAGUGGAGUCAUUUUUACGGCACUAUUCAUCAGAUCAGCUGGAUAUAGAGCGUUUUUACUCACGUGACAAGGCAACCAUAUUGGUGUGCUAAAACUGAAUAGAAACCUUUUGCACAAUUUUUGUAUAAAACAGAGUUCAUUUCCCCAGAAAAUGUAUUGUUUUGGGACACCAACAUGGUCGCUGUGACGUCACGUGAAAACGCUCUCUUAUCGUGUGCGUAGCUACGAAAUGAUCUUGGUAACUAAUUGUUUUGAUCCUAUUUUGAAAUACAAAGAUGUCAAUUUCGUUUGUCUUUGUAAUUUAUGAUACUGAAAGGCAGAAAAGGAGAUCUUGUUUUGGAAAAGCUGGGGUUUUUUGUGGUUACUCGGCUUCUAGAGAAGCGGUGGCCGCUAUGUCAACUAGUGUAGUCAUCGAUAAGCAGGGCGGUGAAACGAGCAUACAUGCAACAAUGUUAACGAACUUUGUAAAAAGACCAAAAAAAACAUACUACAAGACGAAAUUAGAUAAUUCUCAAAUGUUUUCACAUAACUGUUGAAAAGAAAUAAAGCAGCUCUUUGGAACGUCUAAAA